AUGACCACUCUUCGGGUUCUGCUGCACGUCGCUGCUCAGCGUGACUACGAGCUCCACUGCCUUGACUUCAGCACUGCGUUCCUACAGGGCACCCUGCACGAGGAGAUCUGGCUGCGCCGCCCACCUGGCUUCACUGGGUCGUUCCCUCCUGGUACCCAGUGGAGCCUCCGGCGGCCAGUCUACGGUCUCCGCCAGGCACCCCGUGAGUGGCACGACACACUGAGGACUACUCUUGCUGCUCUUGGGUUUGCUCCUUUUACUGCUGACCCGUCGCUGUUUCUACGCACCGACACCACUCUGCCGCCGUUCUACGUUCUCGUGUACGUAGACGACUUGGUCUUUGCUACUGCUGACACUGAGGCACUCGCCCACGUGAAGUCGGAGCUGCAGAAGAGACACACGUGCACAGACCUGGGUGAGCUGACAAGCUAUCUUGGCUUGCGGAUCACCCGGGACAGAGCACAGUGCACCAUCACCUUGACUCAGUCACACAUGGUGCAGCAGGUCCUUCAGCGCUUCCGCUUCACGUACUCCUCGCCUCAGCCCACUCCUCUGCCUACCGGUCACUCGCUCUCAGCUCUGCCUUCGGAUGAGUCCGUAGAGCCGAGUAGCCCCUCCAGUUGUGAGGCUGAGAUCUACGCCACAGCCAUGGCUGCCCAGGAGCUACGCUGGCUCACCUACCUGCUGACCGACCUUGGAGAGCGGCCUCGUUCUCCUCCAGUGCUGUACGUCGACAACAAGGCAGCCAUUGCCUUGUGUCAGGAGCACAGACUGGAGCACAGAACGAGGCACAUCGCUCUGCGCUACUUCCUUGCUCGAGAGCUGCAGCAGCGUGGUCAGCUUCGUCUCUCUUACGUGGCCACUUGGGCCAACACUGCUGAUGUGUUCACCAAGGCGCUUCAGCCUUGUGAUCAUCAGCGUUUCUGUACUGUUCUAGGCCUUGUGCCUACUGUCCCUCACUUGCUCACUUCUUGA